AUGGAGGAGGAUGAGCCCUCACAGCUAAUGAUCCCUGAGUCAGUAAAAGCAAUCAUCUCAAGGGUUCAGGCUGCCCAGCUUGCUCGUGCCCAGGAGGAUAUUUCUUCCCAGCUCUCAGACAUUUUGGACAAUGUCAACUGUGUCCUCAACCGCUUCCAGGAAGAAUCAGGAUAUGAUUUAAAAGAACAGGCAAGAUCUCACCAGAUGGAGCAAAAGGGCAAGAGCCGAUUCCUAUUACUAGAAAAAAUUGCAUCCUUCUCCAAAGACGCUAAGACUAAAGAGAAGAACUUGUGUGAAAUGCUCCGCUGGCUGGAUGACUGGGGUGACAGUCUGACCUAUGAGAUCAAGAACAGGAAGAGUGAGGAGGAGGAAGAAUCCCUGGACAAAUGGAUCGAGGUGAUGGAGAAAAUGUUACCUCUCUCCCUCAUCACCACCAAAGGAGGCAUCAAGACUCUCAUUUCCCUUUGUUCCACUCUCAUUGAAGGACAAAAGAAAAGAGCACAAAUGGCAAAACACAACUUCUGGCAGGAUUGGCAGGAAAAAAGCUCGCAAGUAUCACCGCCUCCCCAUCAGCCACUGAGCCCAGAACAGAUGCUCCAGGACCAGCAGGCCACCUGCACCAGGGUGUCUGAGGUACAGGCCAUGCUGCAGGAGCUCCUGGAGUCCUCCAUGUUCAACCAGGGGGAGGCCAGAGCCAUCAGGUUCAUGUCUACUGUGGUGGAAAAUCUCAACAAGGCCUUGAUCCUCCUGCACCAGCAGAACAGAAGCCUCGAGACCAAAUACAAGUGGCUGAAAAUCGAGAUGACCAAGGAGCUCAGCAGCCAGAGACUAUACUUUCAGAAGUCCCUCCACGACCUCGAGAGGAAGAGGGAUGCCCUACUAAGCCAAGUAGAAGUGCUAGAGGGAAAAUACCACGACCUUCUUCUGACCAAGCAUGGCUUAGAGUUCCAGCUGAAGAAGACUCAGCGGGUGGGAGGGCAAGCAGAAGAUCCAGGUGAGAGCUUGGAUGACUCCCUGGUCUUCCCUGAGCAAGAGACUCCCCCAAAGGACAAAAGAGCCAUGGAGGACACCCAACAGGAACCCAAGAAGGAAGAGCAAUGCUCCUCACCACUCCCACCAAGUGCCACGCCCAUGGCCUGGGUCAGUGGUGUUAGGCCUUCAACAUGUCAGCCACUUCCCACCAGCACCGCGUUUGUGAGGGUCGCAGAUGCAUACAGCAGCAAAUGCGUGGAAAGCUGUGGGCCGCCGCUGCUGUCCUCAGUGGGCCACCAGUAUCCUAAGACGUGGGAAAGGCUGGAGGCACGAGACCCAGACCACACAGAUCAAGGCCAGGAGGAUUCCUCCCAGGGAGUAGCCCAGGAGAAGGAAAGAUUCCAAACUAAGUUCCGUCUUAGGAGGCAACUCUCCCUAGGGAGCCUCGAGCAAGUGGCCGAGCAGGGCGGCGUGGAGCACAGGGAGGAAGACGCCGAGAAGCAGACGCAGCAGGGGCUGGAGGCAGAGGUUUGGCCGCAGGGACAGGAGAAGGGGCCAGUGCCAGGGCAGGAGCGCCAGGAGAAGACACCGCAGCGGGAAGUGGAGGCGGUGGCCAGGGAGCAGGACCAGGGCUUAGUCCACCCUGAAAAGGAGCGAGGGAGCCCAGGGAGGGAGCAGGAGCGGCCGAGGGAGAUCUUGGAGAAGACGCUCUUCACGCCCACCAGUCGAUGGAGGGACGUGAAGGCACAGCCUCGGUGGGCACCUCCCGGAAGACGGGCCCAGUCUGCUCGCCAAGGUAGGAGAGCGCACCUGCUCACGCCCCCUAGUGCCCUACAGAGGACCCCCGGAAACCAGAGGAGCAAGCAUUCAUCUGAGUUGACCCAGAAACCACAGGCCCACCCGAUUCCCACAAGGCCCAAAAAAUCAGCCUCCUUUCCUGCCACCGGGACAAUGACCCCCAAGGUGACCCAGACCCCUUUGCAUAUAACCCCGAUGACGCUUAAGGGGAGGGUGUACCGCAUGGAUACCAAGGCCCAGAGGAAGAACCUGCAGCUCCUGAGCGAGGAACCCAAGCGAGCACUGCCCCACUACCUGCGCAGCCAGGCCCUGGCGCUCACCACCACCGCCCUGGAGCUGAGCACGCUCAGACUGCAGUGUCUGUGCCGGAAGUACACCUGCCACAGACACUUCCGGAGCCUGCGACAAGACGUGAUCGAUCACAUAAAAGCCAUGCGAGAAACCAGGGUCCCUUACAAGGCCCAAAACCUCUACAUCUUUCUGGAAAACAUUGACUACCUACAGAACCUGCAGCUGCAGGCCUGGACAGACAAGCAGAAGGCCCUGGAGGAGCAGCGCCAGGAGUGCCUGAGCAGCAUGGCGAUCAUGUUCCCCAAACUCCAGCUGGAAUGGAACAUUCACCUGCACACUCCUCGGCUCACCUCCCCCAAGUCAAGGAAAAGCAAGUUGCCCCCAUCGGUGCCCCAGGGCAGCUACAACGGCAGCGCCUGCUGCAAGCAGCGCCAGGAGCACUGUCCAUCCAAAGACCGGGAGCCCGUGCUGGUGCAGGUGACCAGGUAG